UACGGAGCGGGGUGAACUGUAACUAAAUGAGCAGAUACGAUCAGUCGGUAAUCGCGUAUCUUUGCUAUAACUCGAAAAGUUACCGGUUUCCUAAUCGUACUUGGAAUUCUAUAAAAUUCCCGUCAGACGAGUGCACACCAAGUGAACGCGCACGCAACUCCGUCAGAACGUUUCGCUCCUCUUCUGCGAUCAUACUCUUCAUCUUUUCUUGUCGCUUUUAAAUAUUAUUAAUAAACUCAAAUUGUGAAAGACGGUUCUUAAGCGGUACGUGUCGAGGACUUUUUGUGCCAAUCAGCUCCUGUGAUAUACUAGCAUUCCCUGAAAUAUGGCAUCAGACGUAGCAUCGGUGUCUGCCUGGUUCCAAGGUCGAAACGUGUUCGUCACAGGUGGUUCUGGGUUUAUGGGAAAGGUCCUAAUUUACAAACUGUUAUUGAGCUGCCAUGACCUUGGAAACAUUUACGUCUUGGUGAGGAAGAAGAAAGAUGUAGAUCCACAAUCACGGUUGAAGCUCAUGAUGCAGGAAAUUCCACUUAAAAUGAUUGAAGAAAAACAUCCUGAGAGAUUGGAAAAGAUUAUAUUAAUACCAGGUGAUACAACUUGUAAAGAUCUUGCCUUAUCGACCGCCGAUAAACAGAGACUAAUGGAUGAAGUCUCUGUUGUCUUCCACAUGGCAGCAAACGUCAAGUUUGACUUAACGCUUAAAGAAGCGGUAACGAUAAAUACUUUUGGUACCAAAAAUGUUACAAAUCUUGUGAAACAGCUGCCUCAUUUAAAAUCCUUCAUUCACGUUUCUACUUCGUACUGUCACUGCAAUGAGCCUGUACUUGAAGAAAAAUAUUACCCGUGCAAUAUGGACCCCAAUGAGGUCAUAGAAAUGGUAAAUACUAGACCAGAUGACUUUCUGGAAUUAAUGACACCGACAGUGCUACGAGGAUUACCGAACACCUACUCCUUUAGCAAGGCACUCGCUGAAGAUUUGGUGCAGAAAUGUGGCGUGCCUGCAGGGAUUGCAAGACCUUCGAUAGUGGUUGCAUCAUGGAAAGAACCAAAACCUGGUUGGGUAGAUAAUUUGAAUGGACCAACAGGUUUAAUGGUAGCUGCUGGAAAAGGUGUACUUCGAUCGGUGCUUUGUAACUACGAGUAUAAAAUGAACAUAAUUCCCUGUGACAUGGCAAUUAAUGCGAUUAUCGUACUAGCAUGGAAAGUAGGGAAAGAAAACACUAAGAAACCACUAUUUAUGAACGUUACCGAUGGUAUUGAAAACUCAAUUUCUUGGGGUUGGGCUGUAGAUACUGGCAAGAAAUAUACCACAAUGUAUCCCUUUACAGGUGUGCUGUGGUAUCCAGGUGGAAGUCUCACUACAUUAAAGUGGUUUCACUGGUUGCGUGUGAUCUUAUUUCAUUAUAUACCUGCACUUUUCAUAGAUAUUUUAGUUCUUCUAACUGGAAACAAACCGUUUUUAAUAAAAGUGCAUAACAGAAUUAAUCUUGGUCUUAAACUGAUACAAUAUUAUACUACCAAACAAUGGAACUUUCCGAACGACCGUAUGAAAGAAUUACAUUCUGAAAUGAAUUCCUCCGACAAAGAAGAGUUCUUUAUGGAUACAACAGAAAUAGAUUGGGAUGAAUACAUGUCAAUCUAUAUAUUAGGCACCAGACAAUAUUGUUUGAAAGACGAUUUUUCUACUAUGCCUCGUGCACGAAAAGUUCUUAGGUAUUUGUAUUUCGCCGAUUGGUUCAUUAAAAUUGGCCUCGCGAUUUUCUUCGCGUGGUUUAUAUAUUUGUGGAUAUACUCGUUUGAAGAACGAACUGCGGCCGUCUUUGAGGUUAACGAGAUCUAGAUUUCCCGAGAUUUAAAUAUUCUAAAGUAAAUUCAAAUUGAUCACCCAAUAAGGCAAUAUUUGUUUAUUUUUAUUUCUCUUUGUUGAUGAAAUAGAAAACAUUUACAAAUAUUUCUAGGAUGAAAUAUUUAAUUAAGGUGUAGGCGAAAAUUUAGGCGAAAAAAAUUGUAUAUAGGAUAAAAAUAUGUUGCCUUUUUAUAACUUUUGAAAGUGUUUGAAAAUAUAAUAUUAAAAUGAA